CGUGUCUCCUCCCUCUCUCUAAAGUUUAUCUCAAUCAAAGUUUAUCUAACAUUACAGGCAGUAUGAGCAUGCUCCUUCAAAUAUCCACCGUGCGAUUUCCUGAAAUUUCACGUCACAAAGCUGAUGAAAUCGAACGUACAGAAUCUGCAGAGGACAGAUCCCAGUAAAGCACGAAACUGUAUACGAUAACUAUUUGUAUUUUAUCGGUGAAAUCUCUUUGCAGUUCUGCGUGCAGCACCUACUGCACGUUUCUGUUUCUUCUUUGCAGUGAGUGCCUCCUCGGUCCAAGUCUACAUCAUGAGUCCUUGUCUCGCAGACCUUUGUUUAUCUCUCUUUCUCUGUCUCUGCACUCAUCAGUAAACACUAGUUACUCUUUAAUUCUUCUGUUUUUUGAUGGGCUUUUAAUUCUUUUUGAGGAAUUGUUUUGUUUUAGAGGAGUUGCAGGGGUCACCGAAUCCAACACCCACGUCUUUAAAUCUUCUCAUUUCAUCUCAAAUUGUGCAAAGACGUCACCUUUGAGUCCUUUGAUGCUCUGAAUUCAAUUUUCUCUUUCUGGGUAUUUGAAAUGUCGGCUCUAGAAAUGUCCCGCAUCGAUUUAGAGCAAGGAACCCACCGCCGUUCCCUCGCCGGAAGUGACGCCAGCGUUACCGCCAAUGGAAGUCACUGUUUUCCCGAUGCAGAGGAGGGUUCUUGCUACUCGCAGUUCUAUUCGACCACUGGUGGGUCCUACGAUGAGUACAGCUUUGCUUGUGUUGAUCCGGAGAUUGGUGGGUGCAUGUCGGAAUCUAGAAGGGCCUCCUCGGUGUCGGAUUGUUCGGUGGAGGUGGGGGUUGAGGGUGGGCCCCCUGAAAUGAAGGUGCAUUUGGCUAAGGUGGAGAGAGACUGUAGAAUUUGCCAUUUGGGUUUGGAAAGUAACAGUCAUGAAUCUGGUGUUCCCAUUGAACUGGGUUGUUCAUGUAAGGAUGAUUUGGCUGCUGCUCAUAAACGAUGUGCAGAGGCUUGGUUCAAGAUCAAAGGAAACAAGACCUGCGAAAUUUGCCAUUCUAUCGCACGAAACGUCACGUUAGGAAGUGACAAUGCAUCAAUAGAGCAGUUGAACGAGUCCAACAAUGCCACUGCCACAGCCACAGCCACAGCCACAGCCGUCUCAGCAUCAGUGCCGCAUACAGAAUCUCGAAGUUUUUGGCAUGGCCACCGUUUCUUGAACUUUCUGCUUGCAUGUAUGGUAUUUGCAUUUGUCAUAUCAUGGCUCUUCCACUUCAAUGUGCCAUCGUCUUAGUACGCAAACACGAUAUACUCAAGAAUAGAACGGAAAAUUCUAUAGAUGAACCUGCACAAUUUUGUUGUUAUGAUGAUGAGCAACAGGAUAUGGAGAGAGCCUUGGGAUUUAAUCUGUAUUUAUGCCAGUAUAGCUCUGGACUUCUCCAUCAUACGUGUGGAGAAUUUAUUGUAUCUAUAUAUAGAUCUCUCUGAUGAGAGUUGUCCAGGUUUUGUGUUCCGGGAUAUAUAAUUCCGAUAUUUGGUGAAACACUGCUUGAAUGUCAAUCAUUUUGUUUUUGAGAAACUGUAUUGGAUAUGACGAAUUCAGAGGAGGA